GCGAGUCCCUCCCCUGCGAAAUGGAACGAUGAUGGCAACUUCAUCUGACGCCAUACUGUAACUUUCCCUUCAUCAACCUCAACCUCAACCUCAAACAUACCCACUCUGCCUACGACCCCCUAAAUAAAGCAUGGCGCCCGAACCCCGAACCUACGUGUCCGGCGGCCGCGUCCUCGGAAGCCCCCCAUUCUCCGUCCGAGUCAGUCGGUUCUUCGAGAGUGUAUAUGUGUUUUUGGGUUUGUAUCUUGUGAGCUUGUUCUCGCUCGAUCCCUACGCCGCGGCGCAGAAUUCGCAGUUCAAUAUCCACCGGAAGGGGAAUACCUCGGGAUCUAGGUCGCGAUGGGGACUUUUUGGGGGCGGGGGUAGCGGUGGUGGUGGUGGUCCUGGGGGAGGUCCUGGGGGAGGCCCGAGGGGAUUUGGGCCGAGGAAGAUUGGUCGCGUGGAUGAUGUUCGUGGGCCGGAGUGUAAGAGCUGUGGAUAAAGGGUGUUUUAUGCAGGGGAUAGGUUUAUUGGAAGGGGGAGUUUGAUAUUAGCACUGGGGUGUCCAAAUUUGAUUAUUGUUUCCUUAACGAUUUGGGAUUGGGGAUGGGUAAAUACUGGAUGAUGUGAGGAUGUUGAGUAGAUCUAUGGAUUUGGAUCGAAGACAGAUGGGAUGGCGGUUUGAUAUUGAUAUUGAUAUCAACAUCACGUGGAUAUUUCUCCGCAAACAUACAGCCUCUCCCCCCCCCC